AUGGAGCUCCCGUGUGGAGUGCCGAGACGCAGGAGAAGGGGAGAGUCCGGAGCCGGCUACAGAACCGUGUCCCAUGAGGUCGCUGCGAUCCUCGCGGGGGUGCCGCCGGCGCCGGCGGAGCUGAUAGCUGACGCACUUAUGCUGGCGGAAACUUAUGCCGGGGUGGCGGCCAUUCGGUUGGGGGGCGGGCCGGUAGUCCCGCGGACGGUCGAUGCCAUCAGGGCGACGGCUCACCGGCGGGUGCUCGGGGAGUGGAAGAAUAGGCUCGAGCGGUCCCCGCCGGAGACCGGGAUCAGGACCGUGGAGGCCAUCCUACCCUGUCUACACGAAUGGAUGGACAGGCGAUGGGGCAGGCUGUCCUUCAGGCUGACGCAAGUGCUCACCGGACACGGUUGCUUCAGUGAGUAUCUGUGUCGUAUCGGUAAGGCGGCGACGACACAAUGCCAUCACUGUGAAGAGGGGAUGGACUCCGCGCAGCACACACUGGAACACUGUCCAGCGUAG